UAACAGGGUGGUGGGCCAGGUGGGUUCCUGAUACGGCAGAGGGGCAGAGGAAAUGCUGGAUCAAGGUGCCAGCAGCCCGUGAUGUCUGCAGGUAGCGGAACAGCUCCAGCACACCCAUCCCUUUCCACAGCCCCUGGCGCAGCAGCGUAACGUGGGGGCAGAUGGAUGGGCUGUGGUAGGAUGAGCCCUGCCCUGCUCCUGCUUCUAUUCCUGGCCAGCUGCUCCCUGCUGCAGGGGACACUGCUGCAGCCACGGCACGUGAGGCUGGAGGCACACAACUUCCACGUCUGGCUGCACUGGGAGCCAGACCCCAGCUCACCCAGCUAUGCCACCUACGAGGUGGAGUGGAGGAACAGAACCUCAAACUGGACCAAGGCAGGUGCCUGCGGGGGGAACAGGAGAAGCUCCUGGGUGUGUGAGCUGUAUUUUGACAGGAUUCAUGAUAUCUACUGGGCACGGGUGAGAGUGGUGGCCGGAGGUGAGCAGUCCGAGUGGGCCAGUUCCAGCGAGCUGCAGCUGUACAGAGACACAAUUAUUGGCCCCCCCAAGUUGUCCUGGCUGCUCCAGGAUCAAAUCCUCAGCGUAAAAAUCAUCACACCACUCACUCCCUACAAGAAAAGAACUGGUUCCUAUAAGCCAGUCGACCGAGUGCUGCUGAAGCUGUGGUACUGGCUGCACCUGUACGAGGAGGACCUGCUUGUCCAGCAGGUGCCCUGCAAAUGGAGCAGUGAGAAAGUGCCUUGCACCUUUGGGCACCUGAAGCCCAGCACACAGUACUGUGUCCGGACGGUGGCUGCAGACAUUGCCAGGGAGCGGAGCCGGGAGGUUGAGCGGUGCCUGGUGACUCCAGCAGGCCCUGCAGGCUUUCCAUGGGUCCUCGCCGUGCUGAGCGCCUUCUUCCUGCUGCUGCUGCUAAGUGUGGCCGGGCUGUGCUUCAUUCAGCUGCACGUGUUCCCCAGUCCUCCGGAGAUGUGCCUCCCAAAAGCACUGGCUCUCCAGAACAGCGAGCUGAGUGUGCCCACUCAGGUGCCUCCCCUCCAGUGUGAGGAGGAUGCCCUGGUGCUGCUCCUGCAGCCUGUGCUCCCGUCCCACGGGCCAUCCACAGCUGGCCAGGCGGCAGCCGCGGCCCCACAGCUCCUCCGAGGCCUUGCCCAGGAUGUGAGUGGCUACUGUGCCAACGGGUUUGGCCCAGAGUGUCCUGAGGAAAGGGACCCAUCCUGCACCCACAGCCAGCUGGGCCACGCCUUGGGUUCCCAGGUCCCCUCACAGCUGGAGGAGGAUGGGGAGGCAGGUGAUGGGCAUGACUUGCCAGAGCAGCUGGCGCUGGUGGGACCGACUGGAAACAGCUACGUCGGUGACAGGGACAGCCAGAUACCUGAGCUAUGGCUCCCCCUGUGCCUCCAGCUUUAUUCUAAAUGCCAGUGCCCAGUCCUGGCAGCAGGCUCACACCUUGCUCUGCCCGUGCCAAGCAGAAGCUGCAGCCAGGAGUACCUGCAGGAGAGUCCCGGCACGGCUGGCCACCGGAUCCGGCUCAGCUCCGUGAAGCUCCCGGCUGAGCAGCAGCAGGAGCAGCAGGAGCAGCAGGAGCAGCAGCAGGAG